CGGUGUAAUAUAAAUGAAUGCCUGUGAGAAAAGCAAGUUAAGAUUAACCAGGAACAAUUUGCAAAGUAAUAAAAGGCUUGUCAUUUAUUUUAACAGUUAGUAAAGGUUUCGAUUGUGUUACCUACUUACAUACCUGCUUUCGAAGCCAAAAUUAUCAAAUUUAAAAAAAAACAAUGAAAAGUCAAGUUGUUAUAUUAAGUUUAAUAUGCCUGCGUCUCGGUAAUGUGGGGACAUAUCCGAUAGAAAAUAAAUUUGCUACUGAAUUAAAAAAUGAUUUGAAAAAUAAAAUUAUUGAAUUCGAUCUGCUUGAAAAACUUCUUAGUUUUGAAAAAGAAUUAAAAAACGUUUAUGCUUUGGAAGACGAAUAUGAUAUAUCAGGAGAAAAUUCGCCCUGCAUAAAUUUGGGUAAUGAUGGAUGCUUGAAUGGUUAUAUUAUUGGUUCAGGAGGAAAUAAAGGAUUUUUGGGUGGUGCUGGUAGUCCUGGAAAAUGAUCAUCUUCAAAAAUAUGUUACAAAGUUACUAAAUAAAAACUUACAGCGUUUUCAAAUGUUAGUUUUUGAUUUUAAAACUAAUGGGAAAUACUUUUGGUUAAUUUUCAAUUCGUUUGUCAAUACCCGUGUUUUAUAGUUUCUGAUAAUUUUCUGUUUAAUUUUGCUAAAAACAAGCUACCAAUAAAAAAAUUAUAAUUUU